GUCGCUGCUGUGGUCUGAAGGAAGCCGCUGCACCGGAAUCUGAAGAAUUUGACGUGUUUGUCCGCCAAGUUUACUUGUCCUCGACAGCUCGUCUUUCCUCCCCUGUACCUCCAUCUACUCCAUCUUUUUUCUGCGAACAGAGCUAAAGGAGAGGAAACAUGUCUCAGGCUGACAAAAUGAAGCAGGGACAGUUCACCAACCCUGAGACGCCAGGUUAUGUUGGGUUCGCCAACCUUCCCAAUCAGGUUCACCGCAAGUCUGUGAAGAAAGGUUUUGAGUUCACCCUCAUGGUUGUUGGUGAAUCUGGACUGGGAAAAUCCACUUUGAUCAACAGCCUCUUCCUGACUGACCUUUACCCGGAGCGAGUCAUCCCUGGGGCAGCAGAGAAGAUCGAGAGGACGGUUCAGAUUGAAGCAUCAACCGUAGAAAUCGAGGAGAGAGGAGUGAAGCUUCGCCUCACGGUUGUAGAUACGCCAGGAUAUGGAGACGCCAUCAACAGCCAAGACUGUUUCAGCACCAUCAUCAGUUACAUCGAUGACCAGUUCGAGCGCUACCUCCACGAUGAAAGCGGCCUAAAUCGUAGACACAUUGUGGACAACAGAGUUCACUGCUGUUUCUAUUUUAUCUCCCCUCUUGGCCACGGCCUGAAACCUCUCGAUGUUCAAUUCAUGAAGGCCAUUCACAACAAGGUCAACGUGGUUCCAGUCAUCGCCAAGGCCGACACACUCACCCUGAGAGAGAGGGAGAGGCUGAAGCGCAGGAUUCUUGAUGAGAUCGACGAGCAAGGAAUCAAGAUCUAUCACCUUCCUGAUGCAGAGUCAGAUGAAGAUGAAGACUUCAAAGAGCAGACCAGAAUCCUCAAGGCUAGCAUCCCGUUUGCUGUGGUGGGAUCCAACCAGCAGAUUGAAGCCAAAGGAAAGAAGGUGAGGGGUCGUCUGUACCCGUGGGGCGUGGUGGAAGUGGAGAACCCAGAACACAAUGACUUCCUCAAGCUGCGGACCAUGCUGAUAACCCACAUGCAGGAUCUACAGGAAGUAACCCAGGACCUGCACUACGAGAACUUCCGCUCAGACCGCCUCAAACGGGGUGGCAGGUUGUCAUCCCAUGGUUACAUUCUGCCUCUGUCUCCUGCGAAAGGACCGGAGCCGGAGGAAAUGGACAAGGACAUUAUUCUGCAGGAGAAGGAGGCUGAGCUGAGACGAAUGCAGGAGAUGAUCGCCAAGAUGCAGGCCCAGAUGCAGAACCGAGAAGGAGAUGGAGACGUGUGAGAAGACUUUG